AUGGCGGCUGAGAAGUUGGGAUGGCGCAACUGGGCCAAUCUGGCGGCCUACGUGGUGAACUUUGCCACGACCUAUGCCUCGCUGACUGGUCUCUUUGGGGCCACCAACACGGACCUCAGCGCCAAGUAUCAGACCCUGGUAACUCCCGCAGGUUACGCCUUCUCCAUCUGGGGCCCCAUCUUCAUCUGGGAGGGGAUCUUCGCAGUGACUCAGAUGCUCGCCAAGUUUCGCAGCAGUCAGCUGAUCUUCGACAUGACACCCUUCUGGCUGUCAGCAUGCGCCUUCCAGUGCGCUUGGACCUUGGCCUUCGCCCAGGAGAUGAUCACCUUGGCCUUUGUCUGCAUGCUGGGGAUCCUGGCCUCGCUCCUGGCGGGUAUGGCGCGCAGCGAUCUCCAGCCGGUGACCACUUCAGAGUUCUGGCUCGUGCGGGCGCCAUUCUCCCUGCAUGCAGGUUGGAUCAUCGCGGCCAGCGCGGUGAACCUCUGCGUCAUGGCCGAUCGCCUUCACGCGGCGCCCUCGACGCAGCUGGCGCUGGCCAUGCUCAGCUUCGCCGCCGUCGUGGGCCUGGUGAGCAUUCUCAGCUUUGCACCCCGGGGCGACGCCAUCGUCGGGUUGGUGGCCUCUUGGGCCCUGGCAGGCGGAAUGGUUGUGGAAACCUUAGAUUUAGGGCCGAGGGGCCGUGUGGGCAACGACCCUGGAGGUUGUAGCGACAUCUGCCUGCUAUAG